GCCGCAGAAGCCGGAAGUGGUUUCGUUCUUCACUUCCCGAAACAGUUCGCCCUCCGAGCCGCGACCUCCAGCAUCACUUCCCCGCAUCUGGAGCGUGUUUAUUUAUUCCAGAUCUCCGCCAUUCCACGCUUCUUCCUCCACGGUUUCACAGGACAGCUCUCGUCUUGUUACCGCGCGACUACAACGAGCAGACUGUGCACCAUGGCCGCCUACAAGAUAGUGUUGAUCCGGCACGGAGAGAGCUGCUGGAACCAGGAGAACCGCUUCUGCGGCUGGUUCGACGCUGACCUCAGUGACACCGGUGUCCAGGAGGCCAGGAGAGGCGGCGAGGCGCUGAAAGAAGCAGGUUAUGAGUUUGAUGUCUGCUACACGUCGGUGCUGAAGCGGGCCAUCAGGACGCUGUGGUUGGUGCUGGAGAGCAUCGAUCAGAUGUGGCUUCCUGUGCAUCGCACCUGGCGUCUGAACGAGCGACACUACGGCGGCCUGACUGGGUUAAACAAAGCUGAGACGGCAGCCAAGCACGGGGAGGAGCAGGUGAAGAUCUGGAGGCGCUCGUACGACAUCCCACCGCCUCCCAUGGAGCCCAAGCACGACUUCUACUCCAGCAUCAGCGAGGACCGUCGCUAUGCCGACCUGACGGAGGACCAGCUCCCGUCGUGCGAGAGCCUGAAGGACACGAUUGCCCGCGCGCUGCCGUUCUGGAAUGACGAGAUCGUCCCGCAGAUCAAAGAGGGCAAAAGGGUGCUCAUCGCCGCCCACGGCAACAGUCUCCGGGGCAUCGUCAAGCACCUGGAGGGUAUGUCAGAGGAGGCCAUCAUGGAGCUGAACCUGCCCACAGGAAUCCCAAUCCUGUACGAGCUGGACAAGAACCUGAAACCUAUCAAGCCCAUGCAGUUCCUCGGGGAUGAGGAGACGGUGCGCAAGGCCAUGGAGGCUGUGGCUGCUCAGGGCAAGGCCAAGAAAUAGUGGGAGAGAGAGAGGGAGGGGAAGGGGAGAUAGAGAUAGAGAGAGAGAGAGAGAGAGAGAGAGAGAGAGAGAGGAAAUGAUUAUACGGAGAGAUUUAUCAGACACGUGUUCAGUCAUUACGUCUCUUACAGAACGUGAUCUGGGUUCCAGACACGGCUCAGUGACUUAUGAGAAAUGAUUUAUUCAGAAUUCAGAGAAGAUAUUCCUCAGCAGUCUUAAAGGCUUGACCCUCCGAGUGACCCGAGACAUCCUCCUGCAUGUAAAGCACUGUGUUUACUGCACGCUUCAAUACAACAGACUCACUCUGCUCAGCGCUGGGAGCUCUACGGUAACGGUAUCCAGGCAACGACACUUAACGGACGACAGGGCAGCGGAUAAAUCCUGUGUGUGUGUGUGUGUGUGUGUGUGUGUGUGUCUUUUGUAGAAAAGAAGCUGAAUGCACCGUGUUCCAAAUCGCGGCGUGACUCACACUGAACAUCGCACGCCUACAGGAUGGCACUUAAAAUACACACACACACACACACACACACACAAAGUAUCAGAGCAACCAGAUUCUCCCCUGAAGUUAAUCAUGAGGGCCAAAAUUAAUUAUUAAUUAUUAAUUAAUUAUUAAUCCUGACUUGCUUUUGUCUCAGCUUGUGUGUGUAUGUAUGUGUGUGUGUGUUUUACAUAAUAUGUUCAAUGGUGUAUAAACCCAAUUGUGUAUAAAUGUUGUCGUCUUCGCCCCAAAAUAUACUAUAGAAAUGCGACAUCUACAAAAUUGGUCUGAUGUGAAGCUACACUGGAGUGUGUGUGUGUGUGUUUACGCGUAAUAAAAUCUGCUGAAAAG